CUUUUCGUGCCGGUAUCGUUCCGCAAACAUGGUGAACGUUCCUAAAACGCGCCAGACCUUCUGCAAGAAGUGUGGCAUGCACCAGCCCCACAAAAUAACACAGUAUAAGAAGGACAAAGACUCCCUCUAUGCCCAGGGGAAACGGCGUUAUGAUAGGAAGCAGUGUGGCUAUGGUGGGCAGACUAAGCCUAUUUUCCGGAAACAGGCUAAAACUACAAAGAAGAUUGUGCUGAGGCUUGAGUGUGUGGAGCCCAAUUGCAGAUCCAAGAGAAUGCUGGCUAUUAAGAGAUGUAAACAUUUUGAACUGGGAGGAGAUAAGAAGAGAAAGGGCCAAGUGCUCCAGUUCUAAUCUUCAUUCUCAGCUUUGUUACAAAUUGAAUAAAGU